CUAUAUAAACCCCCCUCCCCCCACUCGUUCACUCGCACUCCCGAGCAUCCUCUCUCUGCGUCGUUGUCCUCUGCGCCCUCUCUGCUCGCGUCGCCACGGGCGAUCUCCUCCUCCUCAAGGUUGCUUGAUUAUCGUUGUGCGUCAUGGCUACAGGGCAACUUUUCUCGCGAAGUACUCAAUCAUUAUUCUAUAACUAUAAGCAACUUCCCAUUCAAAGGAUGCUUGACUUUGACUUUCUUUGUGGGAGGGAAACACCUUCUAUUGCGGGAAUAAUCAAUCCUGGUUCUGAAGGGUUUCAGAAACUCUUUUUUGGUCAGGAAGAAAUUGCCAUUCCUGUUCAUUCCAGUAUUGAAGCAGCCUGUAGUGCACAUCCAACUGCUGAUGUGUUUAUAAAUUUUGCAUCAUUUCGGAGUGCAGCUGCCUCUUCCAUGUCUGCUCUCAAACAACCAACAAUUAGAGUUGUAGCUAUUAUAGCUGAAGGUGUUCCGGAAUCGGACGCAAAGCAGCUUAUUGCUUAUGCACGAGCUAAUAACAAGGUCAUUAUUGGACCUGCCACUGUUGGGGGAAUCCAAGCUGGAGCUUUUAAGAUUGGUGACACUGCUGGAACUCUUGACAAUAUAAUCCAUUGCAAGCUUUACAGACCUGGAUCCAUUGGAUUUGUGUCUAAAUCGGGUGGCAUGUCAAAUGAGCUUUAUAACACAAUUGCACGUGUGACAGAUGGAAUAUAUGAAGGCAUUGCCAUCGGAGGAGACGUAUUUCCAGGGUCAACUCUUUCAGAUCAUGUCUUGCGAUUUAAUAACAUUCCCCAGGUCAAAAUGAUGGUUGUUCUAGGGGAACUUGGUGGAAGAGAUGAGUACUCCCUAGUAGAGGCCUUGAAAGAAGGAAAAGUUCAUAAACCAGUUGUUGCUUGGGUUAGCGGUACCUGUGCACGGCUCUUCAAAUCUGAAGUGCAGUUUGGACAUGCUGGAGCCAAAAGUGGCGGCGAGUUGGAAUCUGCACAGGCUAAAAAUCAGGCAUUAAGGGAAGCUGGAGCUGUUGUCCCGACUUCAUAUGAAGAUCUCGAGAGUGCAAUCAAAGAGACUUUUGAGAAAUUGAUUGAGGAAGGAAAGAUUACCCCCGUAUCUGAAGUCACACCACCUCAAAUUCCUGAGGAUCUCAAUAUUGCGAUCAAAAGUGGGAAGGUCCGGGCUCCAACACACAUUAUCUGCACAAUAUCUGAUGAGAGAGGUGAAGAACCAAGCUAUGCUGGCGUACCUAUGUCUACAAUUGUCGAAGAGGGCUAUGGUGUUGGUGAUGUUCUCUCUCUUUUGUGGUUCAAACGUAGUCUUCCCCGCUAUUGUACACAAUUCAUUGAGAUUUGCAUCAUGUUAUGUGCUGAUCAUGGCCCUUGCGUCUCUGGUGCUCAUAACACUAUAGUCACAGCCAGAGCUGGAAAGGAUCUGAUCUCUAGCUUGGUGUCAGGAUUAUUGACAAUUGGUCCUCGGUUUGGGGGUGCAAUCGACGAUGCUGCCCGAUACUUCAAGGAUGCCUAUGACAGAGGUCUCACUCCUUACGAGUUUGUUGAAGGUAUGAAAAAGAAGGGUAUCCGUGUGCCAGGGAUUGGACACAGGAUCAAGAGCAGAGACAACAGAGACAAGAGAGUGCAGCUUUUGCAGAAAUAUGCGCACACUCAUUUUCCUUCCGUAAAGUACAUGGAAUAUGCUGUUACAGUUGAAACUUACACUCUCUCAAAGGCAAAUAACUUAGUCCUGAAUGUCGACGGUGCAAUUGGAUCUCUUUUUCUCGAUCUUCUGGCUGGAAGUGGAAUGUUCAGUAAACAAGAGAUUGAUGAGAUUGUUGAGAUUGGAUAUCUAAAUGGACUCUUUGUACUGGCACGUUCAAUUGGUCUGAUUGGGCAUACUUUUGAUCAGAAGAGACUAAAACAACCGCUGUACCGCCACCCAUGGGAGGAUGUUCUUUACACAAAGUGAUUGGUCUUCACUACUUGCGUCAGACAUCAUUUUGUUUGCCGCCAUUUCUGCUGCAUUUCCAUGUCAUUAUUGUCUCCAUAGGGGCCUUCAAUCUGCGACUCUUUGAGUGCGACAACUUGAAGUGUUCAUCAUCUUUCUCUUAGAUGGUUCAUCUAUAUGUAUUAUUAACAAAAAUAUCUUCUAUGUAGUGUUAGGGAUUUGCAAUUUGCAAACAAGUUGAAACAUAAUAAUCAUGGAAUCUGGAGAAAUUUCUGUCUGCUCGCGCGCUUUCACUGGUUCUCCAGGACAACAAAAAAAGGAAGAGAUUUAAACAUUUUCUGAA